GCCUGCGUUCCCAUUAGCAACCGGAGGCUUCUAAACACCCUCCCCUCCCUCCCCAUCUUCGGUGGGCCCUCCGCCGUCGGUCGUCCUCGGCUUAGCAAGGCUCCGUCCGGCCGUCCUUAUUCCUUUAGGCUGCCGACUCCCGCCGCCGCCAUGGCAGAGUUGGGUCUAAAUGAGCACCAUCAAAAUGAGGUCAUUAAUUACAUGCGUUUCGCACGUUCGAAAAGAGGCCUGAGACUCAAAACGGUGGACUCCUGCUUCCAGGACCUGAAGGAGAGCAGGCUGGUGGAGGAGACCUUCACCGCCGACGAAGUCUCCGAGGUCCUGAAUGGCUUGCAGGCUGUGGUGCACAGCGAGGUGGAGUCGGAGCUCAUCAACACCGCCUACACCAACGUGCUGCUCCUGCGGCAGCUCUUCUCCCAGGCUGAGAAGUGGUACCUGAAGCUGCAGUCAGACAUCUCUGAGCUUGAAAACAGAGAAUUAUUGGAACAAGUUGCAGAAUUUGAAAAAGCAGAAUUUACAUCUUCAAAUAAAAAGCCCAUCAUGGAUACUGCAAAGCCAAAACUUGCUCCACUUAAUGAAGGUGGAACAACAGAACUCUUAAACAAGGAAAUUGUAAGACUUCAAGAAGAGAAUGAGAAAUUGAAGGCGAGGCUGAAGACCAUUGAAACACAGGCUACCAGUGCGCUGGACGAGAAGUCAAAACUAGAGAGAGCACUGCAAGACUUACAGCUCGAGCGAGGAAAUCAAAAGGAUUUUAUAAAGGCCCAAGACUUGAGCGACUUGGAAAACACAGUCGCUGCUUUAAAGAGUGAGUUUCAGAAGACAAUUGAUGACAAGACAGAGAACCAGAAGUCCCUGGAGGAGAAUCUGGUGACGGCCAGGCACGACCUGCUGCGGGUUCGGGAGCAGCUGAGCAUGACUGAAAAGGAAUUAGAGAAGAAAUUUCAACAAACAGCUGGUUAUCGAAACAUGAAAGAGAUCCUUACCAAGAAGAAUGACCAAAUCAAAGAGCUGAGGAGAAGACUGGCCAAGUACGAGCCCGAGGACUAGGAGCUGAAGAGUCCUGUGGAGGCUGCCACGCACGGACACACAAGCUGGCUCUCACCUCAGGCGUGUGUUUUGAAGCAUUCUAUUAUAUUUCCUUUCCUUAUUUUUCUAAUAUUUAGACUUUGCUUCUAAGAUUUAGCACUAGAGUUCCUAUUUUCAGCUAAGUGAGAAGAGAGAAAUCCUUACGAUUCUGACUGGCCAUCCCAGAUGGCUUGCUGCCUGCCGCUGCAGUCGAUGGUCGAAUGCAGGGAAAGUUCUUUGGUAAAAAGGAAAGUGGAGAGGAGGAAGCAAAGUGUUUUCCUUUGGCACUGAUAGAACGAGUGUAUCUCAAGCUAACAGCAUCUAUUCUUGUGCAUUCCCAGGGUCAUGGAGUUGCUGAAGAUUGCUAUAAAUAAACUUUA